AGAUAAAAAAUUAUAAUUUUAUUAAUAAAAAAUAUAAGCCCCAAACCCCUUUCUCUCUCCCACCCUACCUGAUCUAUCCUUGCCUUUUUCCCUCUCUCUCUCUCGUGUGCUCUCUUCUAGCCCCGAACGGUUGCCCUCCGAUCGUCGUCGCCGUGCAAGCACCGGACCAGGAGGAUAAGACACCGGCAAAACUCCAGCCCCGCGAGCCCUUCGUUGCCGUUCUCCGCUGCGGGCAGAAGUCUCCAGGUCUGUACGCUGUCGCCGUCGCUUCAAAGCCAAUUUUCGGCCUCCUCUGACAUCGUCUCAAGCGAAUUGUAUGUAGCAUAGGUGAGCUCAGGGUAUCAAGACGAACAAAGCCCAGCCAAGUAUUAGGAUUUUAAGUGACCGGAGGAGGAGAAAUCAGCUCGCUGGCGUCCACGGGUUUCCGAGGCUUUUUGGCCUCGAUUCGCCAGCCACGAUGAGUAGAGAGCCUCCCCACCACCACCACGAGACUUCUCGGAGCUUGGGCUCCAAAAUCUAGCAGGUGGUGCUCCGGCCAGCAGCGUUCCAAGGACUUUGGAAGCUUAUUUUGAGCUCCAAACGUCACCAUUUAAAUCAUAUAGUUCUCCCGAACGAUUGGGUAUAAUUUCUAAUCAUAAAUAUUAGUUGAAUUUAGUUAAAUUAUAUAUAUAUAUAUGUGGUUUAGCAAAAUUAUUAUGAGAUUUGGAUGUUAAAUUGGCCAUUUUGAUCUGUUUGGGUUAUUGUUUUGCCUCAAUUGAUUGUACUGCUGCCUGGGGCUUUGUAUAUGUGUUCAUUGCAAGGUUAAAUUUUUUGGGAUAUUCGGUUUACAGUUGUUAUGUUGCCAGAUAUAUAGAAAAUUUAUGGACACGAGUAUAUAAAUAUAUAUUUGAUUGGUUAAUAUAUUUAUAAAAUUAAUAUUAAUUGAAACGAGUUAUUUUAGUGAUUGGUUAAAUAUUGUAAAAUAAUAUAAAAUUUUCUACAAAUUUAUUAGUUGUAAUUUUUUUAUUAUUAUUUUGUAUUUUAUAAAUUUAUUAUAUUAUAUUUGACCCAUACCCAAUGUCCACAAUUAAUAAAAUCCAAUACCAACAAUUAUAAAACAAACGUAAAAUUUAGGUCUACUGCCCAUUUAAAUAUAGCCCCUUUAAUUUAUACCCAUAUUUUCAACCUCUUGCUUUUUUUCCCAAUUUUAUAAACAAUAUUCCCAUCAUACCCUUUCUUCCACUCAAACUCAAUCACACCACGACAUAGCCCUCACUCAUCAUCUUCUUCACCACGACCCAAACUAUCUUUGAGCUUCUCCACACCCCGGCGAUACUUCGGCAACUGUAGAAAUCCGUCACCACUUCAGUUUUGUCACCAUCAAUUGCACUCAAGAACUCACGCGUUUUGGAGGUGAGAUCAUGUCAUUGUUUUUGCACUGAACUACAGUCCAUUUUGAAGUUGUCGUCGUGUAAAUUUGAGCUUCUCCACCCUUCAAUCAUCAUCUUCUUCACCACGACCAACAAAAAUUUGAGCGUCUCCACUCCUUUGGUUUUGGCAAGCCUGUCCACCCCUGAGCGUCUCCACUCCUUCAGGUAGUUCUGAGUACUCAUCAGCCAAGUCUAGGACAGUUGUAGCUUUGCUAGGAUGGUUGGGAGCAAAGCAGAAGCAUCUUAAGAGAUAAGCAGAAUGAUAUACCUCAAGGGGCUUUCAUGUCACCACCUUCACGUUUUCAAUGUCUGAGAUUCUUAGUUAUCAAGUUGGAGGAAAAGCCGAGAUGCACAUAAACUUACUUGUGGACCAUUUGGCUGAAUGGUUAGAAGAGGAGCAUGGAAAGAACCUGGUUUUUCAUACUUUCACUAACACUGGAUGGCUAACGUAUGGGGCUAUCCUUGAGGGGUUUCAGAAGCAGGAUCCUUACUUAAUGGGAAGGAUUAGAGGCUGCAUUGUGGAUUCUGCACCUAUUGCAGCACCUGACCCACAGGUAUGGGCUUCAGGUUUCUCUGCUACAUUUUUAAAGAAGAAUAGUGUGACAACAAAAGGAGCCAUAAGCUUGAAUGCGUCGGGAACUGGAGUUUUGGUUGACACCAAGGAAGCUGUGGAACCAAAACCAGCAGUAACUGAAGCAGCUUUGAUGUUUGUUUUGGAGAAGUUUUUUGAGGUGGUUUUGAACCUUCCAGCGGUGAACAAGUAAUUUAUCACAAAAAUCACUACCAAUGAUUCGUUAAUUAUUAUCAUCUGCCUGUCUAAUUGAAGUAUAUGUGUUCUCUUUGAUUAAGAAAUGAAUUUCAAGUUACAAUAUUGGGAGAUAAAUUUGAGGAAACAUGGAGUUUUGAACUUGAGUAUAAUAUAGAGCCUAAGUUCAUACAUA